ACAAAGUUUACGAACUUUGCCGAGGUUCACAAGUUGUGUACUGUGACUGUGUGCAAUUUUUAAUAAGUCUAUGCAUAUUAGGCUGUUCUAUAUGUGUCAAAAGUGCCAGCAUACCAUAUCAGCAUAUGCCAUAGCUUUGUUACUUUUAGAUAGGAUACUAGUCUAGUAAUGGACAGGCACAGAGCAUUGAUUGAGUAUAGUAUAGCAGAGUACUAGAUCUAGAAUAAUCUAUAUUCUAGUCUAGAUCUAGCUAGAGUAGUAGAGUCAAUAGAGUUCAGAAGACAUUGAAACUUUUCUCCUUUGAAACCAUUUCAUUUGGUUCAGGUCUUCAGGUGGAGUAACUUACAAGUUUUGUUUUCAAAACCUGGAAUCUGACUGAAAUAGAACUAGAUGUACGUGUGCCACAAGCCUCAGGAAACUUAAAUUGCGUUGUGGAUAAAUUAGCUGAUCGAUAGCAUAGAUCUCUCUAUUCUAUAUAUAUUAUAGACCAAAAUAGUAUCGAGCGAUAACACGCUAAUAUUUUGGAUUAAUUAUUGAUUAUUAGUGUUAAGAUAGAGGCGGUUCCAGCUUAAAGAUAGAGGUGGUCCCAGCUUUAAGAUAAUGUCUCGAAAGGAUUAGUCGUUUUAUAUGAUUCCUUAAUGAGCAAGAUGUCCUAGCUCAGAGUCAUGACAACCAAACGGAUAACAGUCCUCUGGACAAACUUCUUGACCAGGUUUUUGUUCGUCUUUCUCUUGGGGACGAAUCUUCUGGUCGACGCUACACAUGGCCUUCAAAAAUCUGCCAGUGUGUACAAUGUGACCGAGUUCCACCGUGCCAACCUCCUGUUGAACCAUAUAGCGUUCAAUCCCAAGACUCAAGAUGUAUAUGUUGGAGCUGUGAACUACCUCUUUCAACUGGAUAAGGAUUUAUUUCAAAAAGUUCAAGUGAAGACCUUGAGACAGAAAAGGUCUGAGAUCAAAUCCUGCAGUGACAAAGAGCCUGGCCAGUUUACAGUGAACGAGAACAUCAACAAACUUCUGGUGGUGGACCUGGUCAACGACACGCUCAUCUCCUGCGGCAACUACUACUUCGGCAGCUGCGAGAAGCGCUCACUCAGCAACAUCUCCUUCUUCGACCAAGAAGCUUACAACUGCAUGCCCGUCAUUGGGUUCCAUCCCAACUCUUCCGUGGUGGGCUUCCUGGCUCCGGGGGUGCCUUCGAAAGCCGGCGAACCCCAGCCAACGUUGAUGUACGUGGGCGUCUCCACGCCGGACAAGGAUGAGCAGUUUAACAUCUACGUGUACAGCAGCCGUAACCUCAACGACAUGGAUGUGCAGACCACCCCGGGCGCCGAGUUUUUGUUUUCGGGGAUCCAUUUCCCGGAUUCCAGGAACAAAGAAAUCUUCAAAGUGAAGAACAUUCUGGGGUUCUCCUUCAAAAACUUCAGCUACAAAAUCGGAAUUCAGAAAGAUGAAAACAACGAGACCCGAAAUCACACGGUCAUCGCCAGGGUGUGCCAGACUGACCGCAACUUCUACACGUACACUGAGAUGGCCUUUCAGUGCCACGCCAAUGGUGUCAACUACACCAUCAUGCAGGCCGGCGUCGUGGCCAAACCAGGGCGCGAACUGGCCCUGUUUCUUGGAGUGGACCUCAACAGCGAGGUCUUAUUCACAGUUUUCUCGGCUGCGCCCCAGACACACGGCUAUGUCCAGUCGGCUGUUUGCAUUUUCCCAUUGGAGUUCAUUCGACGAAAGUUUACGGAAAACAUCAAGCUGUGUCUGUCUGGAAAAGGAAUCAUAGGCGGAGGCCAUCUUGGACGUUCCACACCCUGUGUGAAUAAAAUUGCUGCAGGUAAUGUCCAGGUAGACGAUGACUUCUGCACUGGCCUGGAAGACAUCCCUUACUUUGGCCCGGUAGUUGCUGAUCUUCCCGCCUUAAUCACCUUUAACAAAAGUGUAGAAAUGACCUCCAUGGCUGUGAGCACAACUGAAGAGUUCACUGUGGGCUUUCUUGGAACAUCCGAUGGAAGUGUUUAUAAGGUCUCCUUGGACUCCAAUGUCACAGGCAACCUGUACGAGCAGGUCACGGUGACUCCAAAUGAAGCGUUCCUGUCGGACAUCUUCUUUGACAACCAGCAGGAACAUCUGUAUCUCCUCACCAGCUUCAGAGUAGUGAGGAUGAAAGUACAAAACUGCACGCAGUACACAUCAUGUGGCGAAUGCCUGGGCGCCAAAGACCCCUACUGUGGCUGGUGCUCCCUACAGAGCAAUGGUGUCCGGAGAAACACGUGUAGCUUGAAGUCUGAGUGUAAUGGCAGUAAGUACCCCAACAGAUGGCUAUCCCACACAAAACAAGAGUGUCCCAAAAUCAAGCAGAUCCUCCCAGAAGAGAUUUCUAUAGACAGAGAAGGGCUGUUGACACUGAAUGUACAAAAUGUGCCAGAUUUUCAAAACCAAAUUUUCUACAUUUGCCAGUUCACGGCAUUCAACACUGAGCACAAAAUUGUCAGAAUGGCCAACAGAACACACAAUAACUUUCAGUGUUUUACUCCAGAGAAAUCACUCUUGCCUCCCUUUGAGACUGGAAAAGACUCUGUGUCUAUGAAGCUGUCGCUGUUGCUGAAUAAUACAGAACUUGUCCAUGAUACAGUCACAUUCUUUAAUUGUGCCCACCAUAAAGUCUGUACAUCUUGCACAAUGAGUAAGUUCCCUUGUUCCUGGUGCAUCAAGAAACACAUGUGUACUGACAACACUGCUCAGCACUGUCAUGGUGACACUGUCAUUUCUGGGCAGAAAAUUGAGAAACAGUUCAGAAUGCACAAUCCUGGCCCAGAGUUCUGUCCCAAGUUUGAGAACUGGAACUCCAGCAAUGAAAUUCUUGUGGCAGCUGGUUCCAUGACAUCUAUCAGUGUCAGGGGUGUUUCCUUGUUUGACUUUCAGCAGGACAAGUUGUGGUGCAGUUUCAGGGUUGACAACAUUACUGAGGUUCCAGCCAGAAGUGUCUCCAUUGGACAGGGACGACUGUUCAAUAUUUCUUGUGAUCUUCAUAAGUUUAAUUACCUAAAGACUAUUAGUCGCAAAACUGUUGUCAUGGAAAUCUUGUGGGGUGAUGGCAAACAUCCAUUAGACAAUCCAAGUGGAUUACAAAUUGAAGUCUACAAAUGCUCUGUCAUGGCUGGAACUUGCGGUGCUUGCCUAACAGCCGAGGAGAAGUACCAGUGUGUAUGGUGUGAGGGAAAAACAUGCAAACCUGCAGAAUCCUGUCAGAAUACCCACAGCCUUCGCAAGGGCAAUGUUUGUGAUAAUCCUCACAUCAAGCAGCUGUCUCCCCUAUCUGGCCCAGUCGGAGGUGGCACAUUACUGACUAUAAUAGGAGAAAAUUUUGUGGCAGCCCAAAAUGAUCUCAAAGUGACGAUCGAUGGUGUGAUGCAAGUGAAUUGUCUUGUUGUAGAGUUCUCUCCUCCUAGCAGAAUUGUUUGUGAAGUCCAAAGAAGUAAUACAUACAAUCUCACCUUCCAAGGCAUUGUCCAUGUCUCUGUGGGAAACAGAUUCCGUACAGAGUUUCCCCAGAAGUAUGAAUUUGUGAAACCAGAUCUGAGAGAAAUUUACCCUAAGUUUGGACCCUAUGAUGGUGGCACAGUAGUGACACUUAGUGGUCUGCACUUGAACUCUGGAUCAAACAUCUCUGUACACUUUGGAAAAAAUAAUCCCUGUCGAGAAAUCACUAGGAUUGACUUUGCAGCCAUUUCCUGCAAGAGCUCACGUGUCAAUGAAUCUCUUUUCUCAAAGCCUGUUGAUGUGUCUGUAACAAUUGACAAAACUGCUCUGGAUACUAAUGGAAUACAGUUUCAUUAUGUGCCAAACCCCAAUGUUACUUGGCUCUCAAGGUUACAAGGGUUCAGAAGUGGUGGUCUGUCAUUGAAUGUCUCUGGUCAUCACUUAAACAGUGUCCAGUCUCCCUACUUUUUAAUCUGGUACAAAGGUGUCCCAUACAGUGGGGCUUGUGCUUUUCCAGUUUCUAGCGCCACCAAUAUCACCUGUGUGACCCCACUCAUACAAGACCUGAAUGCUACGUUUGAUGGCUAUGAAGAGCUAGACUUUGGCUUCAAGAUGGAUGAAGUCUCUGGCUUGGAAAAACUGACACAUAUGGGCAAAUUUAAGAUCUUCCCUGACCCCAACCUUUAUGCUUUCAAUGAUGGCAAGAAAGUACAUAAACAAAGUCAGGAAAUUUUAUUGAUCAAUGGAGUCAAUUUGAUGCCUUUGAAAGAGCUUGACAUCAAGGUCUACAUUGGGAAAACUGAAUGUUUGGUUAUGUCUAUAAGUAAAAUUAUCAUCACAUGCACCUUGCCUCAAAACCUACCAGACACAAGUGAUGGAAGUGGAUCCCCUGAAGUCAUUGUUCAGAUUGGGCAAAACUUGACCUUUAACCUGGGGGUACUGCAGUUUGAGGAACAGGAAGGCUUGACCCAGGAGGCAAUGAUAGGGAUUAUUGUUGCUGUAGCUUUGACAGUCGUGUUGAUCAUCAUCGUGGGCAUCUGUUGCUACAUCAAGGUCAGGCGCAACGAUGACAUGAUGAAGAAAAUGAGAAAAGAUAUGGACCAGCUGGAGUCCCGAGUAGCUAAUGAGUGUAAAGAAGCUUUUGCAGAGCUCCAGACGGACAUGACAGAGCUGACCAGUGACCUCUCAGGUGGAUGCUCUAUACCAUUCUGGGACUAUAGGACUUACUGUAUGAGAGUCUUGUUUCCUCCUGAAUGUAAUGAUCAUCCUGUAAUCAAGGAAUUAGAGCUUGACUAUCGCCAUAAAGAAGAUCUAGAAAAAGGUCUGAAAGCUUUCUUCAAUUUGAUCCGCAACAAAACAUUUCUCUUGAUCUUUGUGCGUACAUUAGAAAACAAUCAAGACUUUACAAUGAAGGAAAGAGUGAAUGUUGCUUCUCUUCUAUCUGUCAGUCUACAGACUCAGAUGGAGUAUGCCACAGAAAUUUUAAAAACAUUGCUGGCUGAGCUGAUAGAAAAAACAGUGGAGAAUCCUAAAGUUCACCCUAAGCUUCUAUUAAGAAGAAAUGAGUCUGUGGCAGAGAAGAUGUUAACAAAUUGGUAUACAUUCCUUUUGUAUAAAUUUUUGAAGGAAUGCGCUGGCGAGCCAUUGUUCAUGUUGUACAAUGCUAUCAAACAGCAAGUUUCCAAAGGGCCCGUUGAUGCUGUUACCAGUGAGGCUCGCUACUCACUGAGUGAGGACAAACUGAUCAGGCAACAAGUCACAUUUAAAUCAAUAGUACUUCAUGUGAUGGACAUUGAUGUAGACAGGUGUUCUCAACCCACUCACCAAGUCAAGGUGCUAGACUGUGAUACCAUCUCACAGGUGAAAGAAAAAAUAUUAGACUCCAUGUACAAGUCUGCACCCUUCAGUAGUAGGCCACCUAAGGAAGAAUUAGAGCUUGUUUUAUUUGAUCUGCCAGAGUGGCUGGGAGAAAAAUCCUCAAUUCCUCUCAAAAUAUUUCCAACUAAAGACACCAAGAGAAUGGUGCUUAGUGAUGAAGACCAUACCACUAAGAUGGAGAAUGACUGCAAGCGCCUUAACACCCUCAGCCAUUAUAAGGUCCCUGAUGGGGCAUAUGUUGCCUUACAUCCCAAACAAACCUCCAUGUAUAAUAUGAGUUAUGUUCCAGACAAACACAAAUAUGGUAGUGAAAACUCAUUUUACAACAGAAGUCCUUCUUUAAAUAGAACUUUAAAUGGUCCACUUUUAGCUAAUGAUUCAGAUUGUAAAGUCUAUCACUUGGUGCGGCAUCAUGAUGUUGAUUCCAAUAAUAAAGAAGGUGAAAGAGGAAGCAAGUUAGUGUCUGAGAUCUACCUGCCUAGGUUACUUGUCACUAAAGGUACUUUGCAGACAUUUGUGGAUGAUUUAUUUGAGCGGAUAUUUAGUACAGCCCACCGUGGCACAGCCCUGCCCUUAGCCAUCAAGUAUAUGUUUGACUUCCUUGAUGAUCAGGCUCUGCAUCACAAUAUGUCUGAAGAGGUGGUUCAUACCUGGAAAUCCAACAGUCUUCCAUUGAGGUUCUGGGUGAAUGUGAUCAAGAAUCCAAACUUUGCCUUUGAUAUCUACAAAUCCAACAUUGUUGAUGCAUGUCUGACAGUGAUAGGUCAGACCUUCAUGGAUUGCUGCUCUACUCUGGAGCACAAGCUGACUAAAGAUUCACCCUCUGGCAAACUUCUCUAUGCCAAGGAUAUUCCUAAGUACAAACAGUGGGUCGCCAGAUACUAUCAAGAUAUCAAAAUUAUGCCAGCCAUUAGUGACCAAGAUAUGACUGCUAUGUUAGCUGAAGAAUCUCGGAGCCACCAGAAUGAGUUCAAUACAAAUGCUGCCUUGUUAGAGUUGUAUAAAUAUGUGAAAAAGUAUUAUGAUGAUAUUGUAAAUGCAUUGGAAGACGAUGAGUUUGCUAAAAAAAGCAAACUAACCUACAAGCUGGAUCAAGUCUCUACCUUGAUGGAAGGAACCACCACAAUUUGCUGACAACAAUCUUAAGGACUGAACUCAUUGCUUGAUUCACUUUUAUUUACAUUUUUAAACAACCUUUUUUUUUGUCUUGACAACCCAGUCAAUGCAAACCAGUUGUGUUAGGUUUUUUUGGGUUUAUUUGUUUUUACAUUUUUACACAAUUUUUUUGUAUCAACAAUCUCAUGUCCACUACACAGCCUACAAGUUCUCAGUGGACCAAAUUAUGCUGUUGUCCAGCUGUUUCUUUGAUUAUGCAAGUCUUUGCUUCAAUACACAAUGAAUGCUAUAUAGAGUUUCUUAUAGUUAUGGUGAAGCACAUAUCAUGUAGUUUCCAAUCAAAAGUCUUCUUCUGGCAUUAACCCAGGUCAUUGGUUCUAGUGAUAGUGAUAACCAUCUGUAAAUAAAAAUCCUGUGAGUACUGAGUACACACAUCUAACAUGUUCUUUGUUUUACAAACAUGAUUUUUUUUAAAGCAAUAAACAUGUAUCUUUUACACAUAGAACAGAGUGAAAGGCCUAAUAAUGGGGAGGCUCAUUUUAUUGAUAUAGUAGAGUGGUUUUAAGUUUUAUUCCAACAUUUUAUUUGUGUACCUUGAACCUUCAACAAUUUCAACUUGGAAACAUUAUAUAGAGUUGUAGGUUGCUUUACACUAGACAUGAAAUAGAGUUAAUACUGUAAUAGAUUCUAUACACUCAAAUAUAGGACAAUUUAAUCUACAAGAUGUUUAAGUUCAAUUAUAUAGAUCUAUAUUUUUAAUGUAUUUCAUUGUAUUACUGUAGUAUGGCAUUUUUAUACAAAGGUGAAUUCAAAAUAACUAUUUUUUUAAUAGUUGGAAGGAGAAGUUUAAAUUUAUUUUUUUUUCAAUUGCCAAGGGUUUGCUAAAUUAUAAGUCACUUUUUGUAAAUCUACAUAGUGUAUCCAAGUUUCUAUACAUUCAAAUUGAGUGUUAUUUUGUUCAUAUCAUACAAUGUGUUCUUUCUGAAUUGUAGUCUGUUUCUCUAGUUGUGAAUAGACUGUUUCUCAUUUUUUUUUUUUAAUGGAAAAUUUAAUUUUUUGUGUAUAACACAUUUUUAUGUAGUGUUAGAUUGUAUAGCGAGACUAUUGAACAGCCUUCAGUAUAAUGAGUAUCAGUUUUAAUGUGUUGUGAUUGUCAGUUCAGUACAUUUACCAAGCAACAAGUCAAACAAACCUUUCUUUUCCUCACACGAUGGCCUUUGCGUACAACAGCCUCAUUGUUUGUAAAGUGCAAUUAAUUUGUUUGAUUUACUUUGUCUGGGGUUUUGGUUUUGGUCUAUUUCUUCAGGCAGCUUCACUCUUUUCCAUUUCUUUUUUUUUUUGUAUUUUUGUUCACAGCUUUUCAUUUUUUUUUUUUUUUUGCAGCUUUAAUUGAGUAGCUUUUAGUCUAUAUGCAGUUGUCAAGACUCCUAAUGGUAUUUGACCACAGCUUACUGUAAGUGGUGUGCAGUUUACUUUAGUAAAAUAUUUUGAUCAUAAGUCCCAAAUAGCUAUGUUUAAUAUGAUCGAUCUUGUGUAUGUUAUACCAGUCCAAUAGUUGGCCAGCCUACUUUAAUUCACCAGUUAAUGUCAUUUAUUUAGACUAGAUUUAACCUAUUCUCAACUUUUCUUCAGUCAGUUAAUCAAUGUGAAAUAUUCAAAUUAUCAUUUUGUGUUAACGAUCUUUUUUAUAUAAAAAAAAAAAAACAGCAUAUACUAAAAGAGAGGAGACAGAUAACAUGGCUUUGUUUCAGAUUUUGUUGACGUUUUUAAUUAACAUGUUUUCUUCAAAUAGUGGCCUAAUUUUGAUAUCUUUGUAUUUCCACCAUGGUCACUGUUUUUUUGUGUUCAUUUGACGAGAAACAUACAAAAUAUGUUGAGUUUAUAUUUUGUGGCACACUGUAGUAUUGUAUCAUACUGUGUGCUAGGUUCACUUUCAUUCACUUCACAUUGGAGACUUGAUAGUUUCAGGUCUGAAUGUCAGAGUGUGAUAUUUUCAUGAUUGUUCAUAUUUAUUCAUUUCUUUGAUUCAAAAACAAGAAUUACUGUGUGUGAUUGUGUGUAUAUAAGAGUGACUGUGAUUCCAACAAAACUGAAUGCAAAGAUUGAUUGUGUUGUUUUAAUAUACCUGUACCCUUGAUGGACUUAAAAUACAAUUCCUUUACAUAUUUGACUCUAGCAUUUUUAGCUAUGGUUUGUAUUUCAUGAUUAGUCAAUGUAUUUUGAACUAUUCUAUGUAGAGUCUCAACAGAUUCUCCACAUCAGAAGGACUGAUUCAAUUUUGUGCUUAUCAGCCAGUCGUGUUAAUCUGAUUACAUUUUGUCAUGUUUUAUCUCUAUUUCAUGGUCUAUAAAUGAUGGUCAGUCAGUACUUAGUGAAACUAUUGCCAUUGAAAACAGUAUAUGCUAGUUGAACAAAGGAUCUCUAGCCAAAAUAUUGAGGAUGAAUUAAUGUGUAUGAUUUUCUAAAUCUGAUGUUCUGAGUGAUUCGGGACUUUGUGGUGCUGUGUUUCUACCCAGGGACUCUGUGGUGCUGUGUUUCUACCCACUAUUUGGAAAGUCCAAACUAGUCUCAACUUAUUUCAUUUUAGAAGUUUACGUUUAGUGACAAGAAUGCUUUCCACAACACAGUUUCUAAUAGUGUCCACUCCUAUGCAGCUAAUAGUAAGACUCACUCAUUCCUUAAAAAAAAAUGUUUUUUUUAGACAAAAAGGAACAGCUAUUACAGUUAUAAAGCAAUCAGUUGUGAUAAAUCAUAGAAGAAUGAAAUGAUACGAUGUGAGUAUCUUGAGUGUAGAAAUACAUAGUGCUUUUAUUAUUAUCCUGCUAAUUUUUUCUCUGACAAUUGAGUAGAUUUUCUUCCUGCCUAGCUUUGAAUUACAAAUAAAUGUUUCUAUCAUUUCUAUAGUAUACUUUCAAGCAUCUUGAAGUAUUGGUUGACAGUUCAUCAGAAUAUUUUAAGACUGUCUAUCUUAGAAUACAUGCAUAAAAUGAAAUAGCUUAUUUUCAUGUCUGAGAUAUUUUGUAUGUAUUAGUGUGAUGUUUAUCUUCUAAGCAAUCGCGUGUGUGUGUUUUAUUAAUAAGAAUGCAUAGGUUGAUAUUAUUUAGGUUCGAUGUUUUGAGCGUUGAUGCUACUGAAAGCAGUGGUAAAAUAAACUUGAGUGUUGAUAUUUAUGAAAGCAAUAUGAAUGAAGACAACUGGAAAGUUGUUUCUAUUAACUGAAGCAAUGUUUUAGUGUAGAUAGACAUGUAAGCAAUAUGACGAGUGGUGGUAGUGUUAAAAGCAAUGCUCGGAAUGCUGAAAUGAAUGAAAGCUAUAGAGUGGAUGUUUAGAUGGUUGCUGCAUAAUUUUUAUAUCUAUAUAUAAAAGAAAUUGUCUAAACUUGUGCAUGAUUUGUAAAUAAUGCAAUCAAAACAAUUAAAAAAAACAAAUGAG